UUUAUAUGGCCAUUUACUGGAGAGCAAACAAACCGGCUAAAUUAUUAAUGGCAGUUAUUAAUAAUUAGUUCAUUAAUGAUAUUUAUAAUAAUAAAUAUGGUUUUAUUUUGUUGUAUUGUUGGAUGUCGACAGCGAGGUUAUAACCCUGAUAAAAAAGUGUCAUUUUAUAGAAUUCCAGCUGUAAUCAGUGAAAAUAAUAGAAAAUACAGAGCAGUUUAUCUAAAGCAAAAAUAUAGAGUUAGUGAUUUUUUUAGUCAAACUGCAGAACAAUAUAUUCAAUUGUCAAAACUCAGACAGGAAAAAUGGAUAGAAGUAAUAAAACGUGGUGAAUUGAGUGAUUCACAGCUUAAAUCGUAUCGAGUAUGCUCAAGACAUUUUAUAACAGGACGUCCAGCUGAAUUAGCCGAUAUUGAAAAUCCAGAUUGGGUUCCAUGUAAGGAUCUUGAUCUUAAAACUAAAAAAAAGAUAUCUAAAAAAACUAAAAAAAAGGGAAAGGAAAUAAUUAUCUUACACGAUGGUGAUCACCUUUACAGUAAAAGAACUACAUACACCGAUAAAGGACCAAAGCCUGAAGGUGGAAAAUUUGUCUGCUUUGAUCAUAUCAAAUUCUGGGUUGGAAAUGCCUUACAAGCCUCGAGCUUCUAUUGCACCAGACUUGGUUUCCAACCAUUGGCUUAUCGGGGUUUGGAGACAGGAUCGAGGAGUACGGCAGCCCACGCAAUAAGACAAAAUGACAUUAUAUUUGUAUUUGAAUCCCCUUACGAACCAGACCAUGAGGAAAUGGCAAUACAUCAUUCUCAGCACGGCGAUGGGGUCCGAGAUGUUGCUUUCAGAGUAGAGGAUAUUCACUCAAUUAUAAGGAUCGCAAAAGAAAAGGGAGCAAAAAUUGUACAAGACAUUACCGAAGAAACUGACGAAUAUGGAACAGUAUUGCUUGCAACUAUUCAAGUUUAUGGAGACACUCUGCAUACAUUCAUUGAUAGAACAAAUUAUAAUGGAUUCUUUUUACCUGGAUACAGAGAAGAAACAGCCAAGGAUGAAAUAGCAGAAUUAUUACCACCAAUCAAUUUGAAAUUCAUAGAUCAUAUUGUUGGAAAUCAACCUGAUAAGGGCAUGGAACCUGUUGCUGAUUGGUACGAAAAAUGUUUACAAUUUCAUAGAUUUUGGUCUGUUGAUGAUUCUCAAUUACACACUGAAUAUUCAGCAUUACGUUCUAUUGUCAUGACAAAUUGGGAAGAAACUGUCAAAUUACCAAUUAAUGAACCAGCACCUGGUUUAAAACGUUCACAAAUUCAAGAAUAUGUCGAAUAUUAUGGUGGUCCAGGAGUUCAACAUAUUGCUCUUAACACGAGUGAUAUUGUUACUGCAAUUGUAAAUUUACGCAAAAGAGGAAUGGAAUUUCUUACUGUUCCCGAUACAUAUUAUGAUUUGUUGAGGACACGUCUACAAGAUUCUUCUACAAAAAUAGCAGAAGAUUUGAAUAUUUUGCAGAAAUUAAAAAUUUUAGUUGACUAUGACGAAAAUGGAUAUUUAUUACAAAUUUUCACAAAAAAUAUGCAGGAUAGACCAACUUUAUUUAUAGAAGUUAUACAACGACACAAUCACAAUGGUUUUGGAGCUGGAAAUUUCCAAGCAUUAUUUGAAGCUAUUGAAUUGGAGCAAGAAAAACGGGGAAAUUUAUAAUUUUCAAACAUCACGCGCAAAAAAAAUUUUUUUUGUUUAAAUUUUACUGAAUAAAUGACAAAAAAAAAUAUUAUUAAGUGUAAAAAAAAAUAAUAAUUCACAAGAACUAAAUAAAAAGAUUACAAAUUUAUUAUAAAUACUUGUACAUAAAAAUGUUAAAUGUCUUUUUUUUUAAUAACUGAUGAAAAUAAAAAAGUUAUUUAAAAAUUU